CUAAAACUUCUUCGCUAGUCUCCCUCCCCAUCCCCUACUCAUCUCUCUGAAACCCACAGCUCCUCCUGUCCAGAGUGGGACCCGAAACAGGAGUUCCAAGAUGACCUCGAUUAGACUCCGGGAAUUUAUCAACCACCGGCCCAUUGUCCCUCCUGGCUUCUUUGCCCAUCAAGGAAAGGAUGUCCAAGGAUUCAUCCCUGGGCAACUAGCCCGGAUCCACAAGACCCGUGGACCAGAUGCAAUUCCUGGAGCUGUCGAAGAUUUGAAAGUCCAGGUUGAGGGUUCAAGGCCUCAUGGCCCUAGCUUGGACCAGCUGACCCUGCAGCGGUGGCUGGAUUUCCUGAGGAGCACAAAGGGAUCUGCCACAGAGUGGCGCCCCAGGACCACUUAUGAAGAAGCAUUUUCUCUGCCCUUCUACCAAAUAGACUACGACCAGAAAGUGUGCACAGCCUUAACUGAACCCGGGCCACUUAACUGUUGCAGCGACCCAUCUGCUGUGGAGAAGCCGAAUUCAAAGGAAAUGCCUUUCAACUGAACCAAUAAAGUGCAGGCAAACAUGAUGCAUAAAA